AUGGCUGAUCCAUCAGAUGAUGUGUUAUUACAAAUCGACAAUUGUAUCGACACUUGGUCAUCAAAAAUGGCAACGGCUAGCGAUUUUCAACGUUUAUGUAAUGCUAUAUCGGCUAACCUAGCAAAGAUUAAUAGCCACACAAGUGAUCUUGAAAUGCUUGUGAAAAAAUUAGGUACACCAGAAGAUAGUGAACCAUUACGAGAACGUUAUCUUCGUCUACAAAAUGAAACAAAAUUAUUAAUGCAAGAAACAAAUCAUAUUCUUCAACAACUUCAGAGUAUUCCUCUAGCAAGUGAGGCUGAUCAGAAACGUAGAAAAAAUUUGGCUGAAACUUUACCAAAACAAUAUUUAGCAAUAUUGAAUCGUUUUCAAGAAACACAACGUGCAGGUGCUAGAAAAGAAAAAGAAAGUCUUGAACGUGCUCGAGCUGUUACAUAUCGACAACAAAGUAUACAUGAAUCAAAUAAUACUGAUAUAUCUGAACCUUCAAAUACUCAACUUCAACAACAAUCUAUUUUACCAAUGGAACAAGAAGUUGAUCUAAGAGGUUUAAGAGAACGUGAUGAACAGUUACGUCAAAUUGAAACAAAUAUUGUUGAAGUUAAUGAACUAUUCAAAGAUGUUGCUCAGAUUGUUCAUAGUCAUGGUGGAAUAAUUGAUUCUAUUGGUGAACAUAUAGCUGAUGCUGAAACGCAUGUAGAAUCGGGUAAUCAAAAACUAACAAAAGCUGUUACUUAUCAGUCUUCUGCUCGACGACCACCUACUCUGUUGCCCAAUACAUCAAAUUUUAUUAUAUUAGACGUAAAUGAAAAUAAUCCAAUUGAAUUACAUUGCCCAGUUACUAAUGCACCUGAUUUAUCAAUUCAAUGGUCAAAAAAUAAUGAAGAUUUAGAUCCUAUGUGGUCAUCAUCAAAUUUAGUUAUUAAACGAUUCUUAUUAAAAAUUCAUCAAGCACAUUUUACUGAUGCUGGUUUAUAUAAAUGUAAUGUUGUCAAUGGAUUUGGUAGUAUACAAGCACAAUUUCAAAUUAAUAUUAGAUCGAAUGGAACAAUAUCAAAUAAUGGUAAUAAUAAUGAACAACGGAAUGUAAUGAACUGGGAUUUAGAUUCAUUGAAUGGAGAAGCACCAGAAUUUAUUUCACGGAAUGAUGAUGGUCAAAUAGGGCCAACUAAAGUUAUUCAACCAGAAGGUACGACUGUACAAUUGAAAUGUUUAGCAUCUGGUAAACCACCACCAGAAAUACGAUGGAAGAAAAAUGGUAAAAUAUUAUCAGAAGAUGAAUAUGGUGUUACACAAACGCAAAUAUUAAUAGUUAAAGACUUACGUCAGUCAGAUACUGGCAAUUAUACAUGUGAAUUAUUCAAUUCAUUUGGAGCUAUCAAUGCCACAUAUAUUCUUGUUGUUACAGAAAAAUUACAAUUUUUUGGUAACGAUCCUCAAAACACAAGUGUUGAAAAGGGUAAAACAGCUUUACUUAAUUGCCGUGUUCAAACAAAUGAACCAACAACAAAAAUUCAGUGGUUAAAAAAAAUCGAUACUCUGCAAUUAUUUCGACCUGAUGCGAUUGUAUUUGGUUCAGAACAAUAUGAAAAUAUCGAACAAUCUCAAGAACUACAAUAUUCAAAUAACAUUCUUUCAAAACCACUUUUCUUCUCAUCGAUUACUUCCAAGGAAGGUGGACAAUAUAUUUGUUUGGUUCAAAAUGAUAAAGCUACCAAUUAUAAAAAAGCUUUUAUUAAUAUUAUUGAUAAUCAUGAAAGUGUGACACCUUCGACCAGUAUCAAUAAUAGUUUACUCUAUGUGAUUGUUAUCCCUCUUUGUGUACUUGGUCUUAUUCUCUUUUUUAUUUUUUGUUGUCGUCACCGUCGUCAGAAAUCUAGCCAUCAUCAUAAUCUACACUCACAUUCUAAUGAUGUUGUAAAAUCUUCUAUAAAACCUCGACAACCAUUAAUUCAUCAUAAUGGUGUUAUGGUUCCAUCAACAACAACUCGGACAAGUAAUGAUUAUAUUGCCAAUAGUGUUGAUUCAAUACCAAUUACGAGACAAUAUCAACAACAUCAACGAUAUGGACCACCUCUUUCAUCCGAUCUAGCAUCACUCACUAGUUCUAAUUUGUACUAUGCACGAGUACAAGCUCUUUGA